AUGAAGCUUCAGCUCGCCCUUACUGCACUGCUCGUGAUUUCGUGUGGGCUCGUCCAGGCCUACAACGGUGAUGGGCAACCGGGUUGCAAGACCCAAGCGGAGCUCGACAUUGCAGUUUUCCGUAACGAUUGGGAUCCCACUUCCUACUGGAAGUGUGAGUCACUCGACAAACCGGCCAUUGAAAUGAAGUGCCCCAGCGAAACAGGGUUCAUGGAUAGCCUCAAGAACUGCGUUAGCUGGGAGGAAUGGGAGUGGGAGAAACCAGUGGCCCCGCUCAGCGAAGCGGAUCAGUGACCAAAUGCACAAAGCAGGAAUAUUAGAACAGCAGAAUGUGAUUAUUUAUGUUGUUGAAUUGAGAAUAAAAACCGCGUUAGGGGUGGCAUACGCAGCAAAACA